GUGACCUAUCAGUGAGGCGUGUGGCGGCCCCGCAGUUACUUGAGAUGAACUGGGGGUUGGGGUCGUACCGGUACCUUGUCUGUAACGUCACUGAGGGGAGAUUUUAUUUAAAGAUGGAGGAGGGAGGAGGGUUUCUUGGAUGGAGGAUUCAGAGAGUAUGGCUUUCUUUAUGAGCUUGGUUUUAGCUGUGACGGUGGUUUCGGCGGCGAUUUUGCCCAGAGCUGAGACGGACGAUCCGUUGGCUUCUUGUCCGGGUUAUGAAGCUUCGAAUGUGAAGACGACGGCUUCGAGCUUGACUGUGGAGCUCGGUCUUGCUGGAACUGCUUGCAAUGUUUAUGGCACUGACUUGACGAGUCUUACAUUGGAGGUUGUUUAUGAGACUGAUGAUCGAAUCCACGUCAAGAUUGAAGAUGCUGGCAACAGCGUUUAUCAAAUUCCAGCCAGUGUUCUUCCAAGGCCUACUGCAUCCAGUGGUAUCGAUUCCAAGCAGGCAAAUAUCCAGUUCAACUACAUCGCCUCGCCAUUCUCAUUCUCCAUCACUCGCCCCAAGACAGGAGAAGUGCUCUUCGAUACUUCAGCCGCAAGCAUCGUUUUCGAGUCCCAAUACUUACGACUAAGAACCUCAUUGCCAGAAGACCCAAAUCUGUACGGCCUUGGAGAACACUCUGAUCCCUUCCGUCUCAACACCACGGAUUACAUCCGUACACUCUGGUCUCAAGACGCAUACGGCAUCCCCACAGGCGCGAAUCUAUACGGCAACCACCCAAUCUACUUCGAUCAUCGCACGACAGGUACCCAUGGAGUAUUCUUCGUGAAUUCCAACGGCAUGGAUAUCAAAAUCAACAACACGAAUGGCGCGGAUCAGUACCUCGAAUACAACACCCUCGGCGGCGUCCUGGACUUCUAUUUCAUGGCCGGACCAACACCCGUUGCCGUCUCGCAGCAGUACGCGGAGGUAGUGGGCCUACCGGCUAUGAUGCCGUACUGGGGCUUCGGGUUCCAUAAUUGUAGGUAUGGGUACCAAGAUGCGUUUGCUGUCGCGGAGGUCAUUUAUAAUUACUCGAAGGCGGAGAUCCCGCUCGAGACGAUGUGGACGGAUAUCGAUUACAUGGAUCGUCGACGGGUAUUCUCGCUCGACCCAGAGAGGUUCAACCUCACCAUGAUGCAGGAUAUUAAUCAUUACCUGCACGCACACGAUCAGAAACAGAUACUGAUGGUUGAUCCCGCAGUGGCGUACCAGCAGUAUGGACCCUAUUUAAGAGGUGCGGCUGAUGAGAUCUUUUUGAAGAGGAGUAAUGGGUCGUUUUGGUUGGGGGUUGUGUGGCCGGGUGUGACGGUCUUUCCGGAUUGGUUUAAUACGGGGAUUCAGGGGUAUUGGGAUAAUGAGUUUGAGGUUUUCUUUUCGCCGGAGACGGGCGUUGAUGUUGAUGGUCUUUGGAUUGAUAUGAACGAACCGUCAAACUUCCCAUGUAACUUUCCUUGCGACAACCCUUAUGCUGCGGCAGUUGGAUAUCCUCCAGAUCCUCCAGCUGUCCGAACUCCUCCACGUCCAAUCCCGGGGUUUCCUUGUGAUUUCCAGCCUCCUGGAACACCAUGCACUGGGACGAAAGUGAGAAGGGAAAUUAGCCAAGCUGUCGAAGAAUCGGUGAUGAAGAUAGCUGAGAGGCAAGCUGCUGGACAAGAACUUGGUCUUCCUGGUAGAGAUCUACUUUACCCCAAGUAUGCGAUUCAUAAUGCUGCUGCUUUUACGUAUGCGGAUAAUGCGGCUCGUGGAGGAAUCUCUAAUCAUACUGUUAAUACCGAUGUCAUUCAUCAAAAUGGUUUGGCUAUGUAUGAUACUCAUAAUCUUUAUGGGACAAUGAUGUCUACCGCAUCCAGGAAUGCAAUGCAAAAUCGAAGAUCUACAGAAAGACCAAUCGUCAUUACCCGAAGCACAUUCUCAGGUGCAGGGACUAAGGUCGGACAUUGGCUUGGAGACAAUAUCAGUGAUUGGCCACAUUACAGAAUUUCGAUUGCUGGUAUGAUGGCCUUUGCUUCAAUAUACCAAGUCCCAAUGGUCGGUUCAGAUGUUUGCGGAUACGGAGACAACACCACAGAGCAACUUUGCUCCCGUUGGGCCACCUUAGGAGCAUUCAGUCCUUUCUACCGCGACCACAACGCCUACCCACCCAACAUCCCCCAAGAAUUCUACCAAUGGGAAAGCGUAACCGAAGCCGCCAAAACAGUCAUCGACAUCCGCUACCGUCUCCUCGACUACAUCUACACAGCCCUCUACCACCAGACAGCCGACGGGACUCCCCUCAUCAACCCCAUGUUCUACAUCUACCCCGAAGACGCCAACACCUUCGGUCUCGACCUCCAAUAUUUCUUCGGCCCCUCCAUCCUCGUCUCGCCUGUCACGGAAGAAAACUUUACUACGGCAUCAGUCUAUUUUCCCAAAGAUAUCUUCUACGACUGGUACACGCACGCUCCCGUCCAAGGCCAAGCAUCAACCGUCGCCAUCACAGACGUAAACUACACCUCCAUCCCUUUGCACUACCGCGGCGGCAUCAUCGUCCCUCAGCGCGUAGCUAGCGCUAUGACAACAACGGCCCUCCGCCAGCAAGAUUUCGAGAUUGUGGUCCCGCUCGGCGCGGACGGGAAGGCGGAGGGAGAGCUGUAUCUCGAUGAUGGGAUCUCGCUUGUGCAGGCGGCGACGACGUAUGUCAAGUUCUCGUUUGAUGGGAGGACGUUUAGUGUUAAGGGGAGCUAUGGGUUUGAUGCUGGGGUGAAGGUGGCGAGGAUUACGUUUUUGGGGUGGAGUGGGAGCCCGAGUGGGUGUGUGGUUGAUGGGGAGAGUGUGGGUGGUUGGUCGCAUGAUAGGGGGACGGGGGAGUUGGUUGUGCCGGUGGGGAAGGCGUUGAGUGGGGAUUUUGAGGUGGUGGUUAAUCAUUAG